CCCUCAUUCCUUGCAUUGAACCAGGGUCUAGCUAUGGCACAUGCCUUGAUGCUUCUGUUAGAAAGUCCUGUUCUUAUUGCUGCCAUUUUCAUUAGUGGCAUUGGUGGGACAUUCCAGUUCGGCUUUCAUAUAUCUGUCCUAACUUCACCUUCUCCUUUCAUAAAGGAGCUCGUGAACACCACAUGCCAGCAGCGGUAUAGUAUAUCCCUGGAACAGUGGGAAGUGACUCUCAUCUGGUCCUUCAUCGUCUCCAUCUUCUGCAUCGGGGGUCUCCUUGGGACCCUGUGUGCCGGCCGCCUCUCAUCAGCAUAUGGGAGAAAGAGAUGCCUGUUGUUGAACAACCUGUUUGCCAUUGGUGGUGCUGGGAUGAUGCUGUUAAGUAAAACUGCCAUGUCCUUUGAGAUGAUCAUGGUUGGACGUUUCCUCUAUGGCAUUAAUGCAGGUGCUAGCCUCAGUGUCCACACCAUGUACCUAGUGGAAUGUGCCCCCAAGAGGCUGCAAGGGAUAGUGGGUGUGUCUGUUUCCACCUUUCUGUCCAUGGGGAAGUUCUCAGGUCAGCUUCUGGGGAUCAGUGAGUUAUUGGGGACAGAGGACAGGUGGCCUUGGUUGUUGGGCUUCAGUGGUGCGACCGCCCUGCUCCAGCUCAUCACCCUGCCCUUCCUCCCAGAGUCACCCAAAUACCUGCUGCUGGACCGGGGCGACCGCCAGGGCUGUGAGAAGGCCAUCCGCAGGCUAUGGGGCAACAGAGACCACAGUGCGGAGGUGGAGGAGAUGCUGGUGGAGCACGCCUCCAUGAAGGGAGUCCGCAGCCACACUGUGUUGGACCUGAUCCUGGACCAGGAUGUACGCUGGCAGUUCCUCACCAUCCUCGUCGCCUUCACCACCCUGCAGUUCAGUGGAAUCAACGCUGUGUACCUUUACUCAUUUGACGUGUUCCGUACUGCAGGGAUCCCCACACACCAGUUACGCCAUGUUGCCUUGGGAACCGGUCUGUGUGAGGUUUCUACCUCCAUGGUCUGUGUGAUGGUGAUUGAGAGCACAGGAAAGAGGCUAAUGCUCUAUAGGGGUUACCUAUGCAUGGCAGUUACCUUGGGUCUCCUGACCCUUACACUCUACCUGCAGAUCCAAGUUUCCUGGAUGCCUUACUGCAGUAUGCUUCUCAUCUUCAUCUUCAUCUUCUUCUUCUCCAGUGGACCAGCUGGAGUGACAGUGUCUCUACCUGGUGAUAUCUUCAACCAGUCGUUCAAAUCAGCUGCCUACACCAUCGGCUGCACCCUCAACUGGCUGGGCCUCUUCCUCCUGGGGUUGCUCUUCCCAGUCAUAGUGGAGAAUAUGGACUACUUUUGUUUCUUGAUUUUCUUCGUCUUCUGUUUCCUGUCUGGGAUGUUUGUGUGGUACAACGUGCCUGAGACCAAGAACCGCACUGUCAUGGAGAUCACGGCAGAGUUUCAGAGGAUGCAUCCCAACAGUGGAUCCUCGGGGGAGGGAAGGUCGAGACCUCCUGAACCCAGACAUAUCAAGACAUGCACAACCACCAAAUUCUGAACAUUUUCCAUAAUGACUUGUGUGUCUGACUUGCACAUUGUUUUGUAGUUCCUGUGAAAACGUUUUCUUUGUGAAAACUCCUCUGUUAAGAUUUGCCCCACACACCCAGUCUGUUGUCAUCUUGAUUACAAAUCAAUAAUUUUGACCUUUAUGAUAAGUAUUGUGUGAUAAAAUGUUACCUCUCUGGGCCCCCUAUUAAAAUAGUUUUAGUAUUGUGA